UAAGGGGAAUCGUGCGUGCGUCGCCGGUAGAUGCUGCUUGCUUUGGGCUCUCAUCCUUCCGGGUGACACACUCUGCAAGGUGCCGACCCGCGAGCAAAUUCGCUCCUCAAAAAACAACACAUUUUUGGACAUUUAACGUUUGCGGACGACUCGGUGCGUUCAGCACAGAAGCCAGCGGUUUUCUACCAUGGGACAUGUUCAGAAGAUGAAGGUUUUUUUUAAAUACGUGCUCUGCAUUCCUAUCACACUCAGUGUUUUCUACUUAAUAUGUCCGUCUUUGAGAAUCUUGAUAGGUCUCCUGCCUAUGGACAAAUGCACUUUGGACAGUGCAGAGAUGCUGGUUCGAGACAACGUUGGGGACACCAGCUUGGACCUCGGGUCCAGACGUGACGUGCAGACAUGUACAUCUUGGAAGGCCCCUAUCAUUUGGGAAGGAAUGUUUGACCCGGAGCUCUACGACCAGAUGCACCAGAAGGAAGGAUCGUCUGUGGCUCUGACAGUUUUUGCUGUGGGCAGGUACCUGGACGCCUACCUCGGGACCUUCCUGAACUCCUCAGAGCAGCACUUUAUGUUGGGUUUGCCCGUGACGUACUACGUAUUCACCGACGUGCCAGAGAAGGUGCCCCGCGUCCAGCUCGCCUCUGGGCGAACCCUUAAAGUCAUCAAAGUGGAGAGGAGCUCCAGGUGGCAGGACAUCUCCAUGAUGCGGAUGAAAACCAUAUCGGACGUCAUCGAGUCGGACAUCCCCCACCGCUGCACGCACGUCUUUUGCUUCGACGUGGAUCAGGUGUUCAGCGGCAGGUUUGGCUCGGAGGCCCUGGGAGAUUCUGUGGCCCUGCUCCACGCCCACUACUACCACCUCCCGGCCAAGCUGUUCACCUACGACCGCAACCCGGCGUCCCGGGCCUACAUGGAGACCGGCGAUUUCUACUACCACGCCGCCAUCUUCGGAGGCUCGUGGGAGCGGGUGAAGGCGUUGACCGACGCCUGCUACCGGGGCAUCGCGGAGGACAAACGGAACAACGUGGAGGCCCUGUGGCACGACGAGAGCCACCUCAACAAGUACAUGUGGCUCCACAAGCCGAGCAGGGUGCUCUCUCCGGAGUACUGCUGGGACACCAGCAUCGGCUACAGGAGCGACAUCAGAGUCACCCGCGUGCUGUGGGCACCGAAAGAUUAUGAGAAACUUCGCACGCGUUAGUGUGCGUCUUGGUUGGAAAGGGGAAAAAUGGCCUACUAUAUAUAAAUACACACAUAUAUAUAUAUAUAUAUUAGUGAAUUUGAACCAAUGUUAAGCACUCGGCCAAGUGUGGAUUUCCAAAUGGCGGCAGGUUCUUUCCCCGGUCGCUGGCUUCCGCCAAAGGUAAAUUUAUGCAAACGCUGCUGUGCUCGGGCGUGGCAGCGUUUAUUGGAUGAUUGCUUUAAGGAAAGAAUGUUGAGAUGAAACAGGAGCCAGAGAUUUAAUUUCAUAGACAAAUCUUUAUAAAUUCAAUUUUUGCUCGCUGCUGUAGUUUUGUUCCCUUAUGCUUAUUUUGUUUGAAUCUGAUUAUUUGUCCGAUAUUCAGUUCAAAACGGCACCUCAAUCACUCAGGUCUGAUUCGAAUUAUUUAAAGAUGACUGCUCUAUUGCACUUUAGAAUGUAACUACCACUGCUUUGUAAGGACCUUGAAUAGAAUUGUGUGAGGCCGUGGUGGGGCAUGCUUCCCUGGUAGAAUAUUUUUAAAGUAAAAUAUAAAUCAUUCAUCAGAAUUGGGUGCACUUUGACAGCAAGAUUUAGCGCAUAGAUCUACCAGGAACUCUGUGCUCUUGUUGUAGUAGAGGUGAAAAGUAACCAAUUACUUCCACUACACUGAAUCUUUGAAAAUAUUGUUAUUUCCCUUCUGUUAAAGAAGUACUUAGACUAUUUAUUAAGUUGUUAAAAGCAGCCCCACCUUUUAUGCAAACUGCAACAUUUAAUGACAAAGACACAUCCAGGGUUAUAGAUAGAUCAUACAUCGGUUUUUGUUAUACCAAUUUCUGAACCCGGCCAAAUACGCCACUCGUUGAGAAGUGUAAAUAAUUGUGGUUUAUUUGGAAAAUGCGGCGGGACAAACUGUAACUUUUUCAGCAAAUGUGUUAAAUGGCUGGUAUUCUUUUCUGCUAGUUUGUUUCAAGGUGGGAGACAUUCACUGAAGACGUAAUAAAGUGUAAAGUUCUAAAGGCAAAAAUAUCAUCCCAAAGCACCCGUUCCAGAGCUGUCAUUUAUUUAAAGGCAAAAUGCAUUUUUUAAAUGAUUUGUUUAAUUUAGAGGGUUUAAUAGUCAGACAUUUCAUCCUCAUUUUAACUCAUGCUUGCUUUGAUGUUAAAAAAGGCAUAAUUGUUCUCUUAUUGUCUUAGUGAAUAUCCCUGUAUUCAGCGUUUGGGGGUCGGUAGAUAAGCCCCAGACAGCCACAUUAACAGUAGAAGCAACAUCCAACAAGUGGAAUUUUUAAUUAGUCACCUUUUUAAGUAAUUGGUCACCAAACCUGCUUCAGACGGAUGUAGUUUCAGACCCGUUUGCACAUUAUAGACUCUCCCAAAGCAACAAAGAUGAAUACUGCUUUUUCUGCAAUUCAUUUUUAGAUAAACCUCAGUGCAGACAUUGUGAUACGUUUUGUGUGGCUUGUGAAAUGUGCGCAUGGUGUCAGCAGCAGCUCAAGUCUAGAGAGGUCAAUAGUUUAGCUGUCGAC